AAGAGAAUUUGACGAGCUGAACCCAAAAAGAGACGAGCUUCCUCUUUUAGGUCUUUUUACAUUAGACCACAUGUCAUACGAGAUUGAUCGUGAUCCUGAAAAAGAACCAUCCUUGACAGAAAUGUCAGAUAAAGCUCUUAAAUUCCUAGAAACAGCCAAUAAUGAUAAAGGUUUUUUCCUCAUGAUAGAAGGCAGUAGGAUUG